ACCCAGUCUGUCUCUCUCUCUCUCUCACACACACACAGAGUGUGAGUGCAGGAAAAUGGAAAAAGCCAAAAUUUCUGUAAAUCGCUUCAGCUGUCCAGUGUGUCUGUAUCUCCUGAAGGAUCCUGUAACGAUUCCCUGUGGUCGCAGUUUCUGUAAGGUGUGUAUUAAUGACCGCUGGGAUCAGGAGGAUGCGAACGGCAUCUACAGCUGCCCCCAGUGUAAAGAGAUUUUCUCCUCAAGGCCUGUUCUACACACGAACGAGCAUUUGGCGAACGCAGUGGAGAAACUGAAGAAGAUUGAACUCCAAGCUGCUUCUUCUGCUCACUGUUACACUGGACCUGGAGAUGUGGAGUGUGAUUCCUGCACUGGGAGAAAAUACAAAGCCGUCAAGUCCUGUCUGGUGUGUCAGGCCUCUUAUUGUGAAGAACAUCUUAAACCUCACUAUCUGUCUCCUGUCUUUCAGAAGCACCAGUUAGUUGAAGCCUGUGCAGAGCUCCAAAAGAAGAUCUGCUCUCAGCACAAUAAACUGAUCGAGUUCUUCUGUCGUACUGACCAAAACUUCAUCUGUUCUUUGUGUGCAAUUGAGCAGCACAGAGGCCAUGAUACUGUUGCAGCUGAAAAAGAAAGAAAUGAAAAACAGAAUGAGCUAAAGGAGGAGCAGAUGAAAUCCCAGCAGAGGAUCCAGGAGAAGCAGAAGGAGGUGCAGGAGCUGAAACAGACUGUGGACACUAUUAAGAAGCGUUCCCAGGCAGCAGUAGAUGACAGUGAGAGGAUCUUUACUGAGAUGAUCAGCUCCAUGGCGAAAAAGCGCUCGGAGGUGACGGAGCUGAUCAGAGCUCAGGAGAAAGCUGACCUGAGUCGAGCUGAACGACUCCUGAAGCAACUGGAGCAGGAGAUUGCUGAUCUUCAGAGGAGAGUCACUGAGCUGGAGCAGCUUUCACACACACACGAUCACAUCCACUUCCUCCAGAGUUUCCCGUCUCUCUGUGUUUCUCCUGGAUGUGACGACUCGCCCAGCUUCAUUGUCAAUCAACAUCUCUCAUUGGAUGGAGUGAGGAAAUCUCUCUCAGAUUUGAAAAAACGAGUCGAGGAAAUCUGUGAGGAGGAAUUCAAUGUAAUCCAUCCACAAGCUGCAGCAGUUCAGAUGAUUUUACCCUCAAAACCAAAGAGAAGAGAAGAUUUUCUGCAGUAUUUCUGUUAUCUGACUCUGGAUCCAAACACAGUAAAUCCUGGACUCAUUCUGUCUGAGAGCAGAACGGUGACAGUCAGUAAGAAAAAACAGCAAUAUUCUGAUCAUCCAGAGAGAUUUGACUACUGGCCUCAGGUGUUGUGUAAGGAGAGUGUGUGUGGACGCUGUUACUGGGAGGUGGAGUGGAGGGGUAAAGUGCUCAUAGCACUCUCAUAUAAAGAGAUCAGCAGGAAAGGACGAGGUGAUGAGUGUAUGUUUGGAUUCAACAGUCAGUCCUGGAGUCUGUAUUGUUCUUCUUCCUCUGUCUCUUUCGGGCACAACAGCAUUGAGACUGAUCUCCGAGGUCCAUCAUCCUCCAGAAUAGGAGUGUAUGUGGAUCACAGUGCAGGAACUCUGUCCUUCUACAGCAUCUCUGACACAAUGAGGCUCCUCCACAGAGUCCACACCACAUUCACUCAGCCUCUAUACGCUGGGGUCGGGACUGAGUCUGACUCAUCUGUGAGGUUUUGUGAUCUGAGAUGAAAUGUUGGUAAAAGUGCUUAGUAAAAUUAGUAAAAAAAAAUUAGUAAAAAUGAGGUCAGAUUUAAUUUCUCCUUGAACUGCAAUGAUGAUUUUAUGUGCAGAAACUGUAACGCUCAUGAAUGUAGGAUUUUUCUAGAAAUAAACAAAUUGAUUGAUUGAUUGAUUACUUUAUUCUGAACAAUAAAGAAGAAAGAUAUAAAAAUAAAAAUUUUAAAUAAAAAAAUACAAUAAUCAAAACAUCAUCUUAAACAAACAGAAUAGCGUAGCCACAAGGCAAUAACAUAAUGUUCAGAAAGGAUUAGGAAGAAGUAAUAACUUAUCCAGUCCUAACCCUCUAUACCACCGCUAAUCAAAUGUCACUUUCCACCAUAAUAAACUAUAUAUACAAAAGAAAACAAAAGCAAUAAACAAAAAAGAAAACAUACCAACAUAUCAAAACAUACCGACAUGGUAUAAUAUCGACCAAAUCAAAUCAUAUAUACAGAUACUUAUGUUAUGCAUAUAGACACACAUACAAUACAUAUAUACAGUACAUACAUAUACACAUACCUAUAACUAUACACUAAAUACAAGAAGACCAGUCACAGACUUACUCUCAAUUUCAUCAUCACCUAUAUAUAGUCUGCCUGUCCUCAUUCUCAUAUAUUUUUAUUAACAUGUUUUUAUAUAAUUUUUUAAACAGUUUUAUGUUGGUGCUAUUUUUGAGUUCAUUAUCCAGACCAUUCCACAAUUUCACCCCACAGACUGUUAUGCACAUACUUUUCAGAGUUGUUCUAACAUUUACUCUCUUAAAAUUCAUUUCCCCUCUCAGGUUAUACCCACCCUGCCUUUCCAUAAACGUAUUUUGUACCUCACCCGGAAGAAGGUUAUGUCUUGCUUUAUACAUA